UCAAAGUUUUCACGUUAGCCGAAACGACUGGUUGCGUGGUAGCUGCUCCCACCCGUUCGACCACACAGUGUGCCCUUCGACCGCUGGUCUUUUACAUCCCGGCAAAAAUGGCACAGAUUCUAACGAACAUACACGACUGGUACCGAGACCUCAUGGACAACCAGAGCGAUCCCCGCGUCGCCGACUGGCCGAUGAUGUCGUCGCCCUUUCCCACUCUUGGCCUUUGCAUAUUUUAUGCGUACUUUAGCAAAUCGCUAGCACCAAAGCUGAUGGAGAAGCGCAAACCAAUGGACCUUAGGAAUACGCUAGUUAUUUACAAUCUCUUCCAAACCAUCUUCAGCACCUGGAUAUUCUACGAGUACCUGCAAAGUGGAUGGGGUGGACGCUACAGCUUCCGGUGCCAGCCCGUCGACUACUCGGACAAUCCUCUCGCGCUACGGAUGGCGCGAACGUGCUGGUGGUACUACGUCUCGAAAUUCACCGAGUUCUUCGACACGCUGUUCUUCAUCCUGCGGAAAAAGACUCAGCACGUCUCGACCCUGCACGUCAUCCAUCACGGCUGCAUGCCAUUCUCGGUGUGGAUGGGCAUGAAAUUUGCCCCCGGUGGCCACAGUACAUUCUUCGCCAUGCUGAACUCGUUCGUGCAUAUUGUGAUGUACUUCUACUACAUGGUAGCGGCACUGGGACCCAAGUAUCAGAAGUACAUCUGGUGGAAGAAGUAUCUGACUGCAUUCCAGAUGGCCCAAUUCGUCGCCAUCUUCACGCACCAGUUCCAGCUGCUGUUCACCGAGUGCGACUACCCGAAGGGCUUCAUGGUGUGGAUCGGGCUGCACGGUAUCAUGUUCCUGUUCCUGUUCUCCGAUUUCUACAAGCAGGCGUACAACAAGCGCAUCGGCCGUGCCAAACGGGAAGCGGAAGCACUGCUGCUCGAGAAGUCGCACGCCAACGGCAAGCUGCACAACGGCGAUGCGGUCAACAACAAUCAGGGUGCCUGCAUGCCCGUCCUGAACGACGACGAUGAUCUGCACCAGCGGAAGGUGACCGGAAACGGAAUGUACCUGAACGGUGGUGCCAAAACGGCGAAUUCCUACAGCAAUGGCAAUUCGAACGGUUUUGUCGAAUCGAUCCAGCAGUCGAACGGUGGCAUCGGCGAGAACGGUGGGGCACGGGUGCGGAAAAUCCAAUAACGCUAGCAACAACUAGAAGAAGUCAUCGGUGGUUAGCGCGCAUCAUUACCAUCACCCUUCACCAUCACCGACCCCCGCCUUCGUCCACCGUGCGGCCAUCCGUGUCCUUUGCGCCAUUCGUGUCCAUCCCGGACCCAUCCCGGUCGCGGGCGAGCAGCGAGAUCGGCAGGAGUAAAGCGCGACCGUCGACAGGAGAGACUGGAAAUUGUUUAUUUUUAGUACGCUUUUGUCUAAAGAUGAUUCAGUUUUCCCCGGGACCCGGCAUGCAGGCAAACCGUGCGGCGGUGCGGCUGACGUAUCGCGUCCCCGUCAAAGGACAUGCACGACCCAACGUUUGGACGAUCUUAACGACCGUGUUCUCGCUUGUGGAAAAGGCGAUGCAUCGAUCGGUGCAGAUCAGCAACAGGAGCAGGCCAAGCAGAUCACGGCAGUGCGGAAUCGGUGGAAAACGGUUGGUGAUGGCGUCAGGCUCACGAGCUUCGUUGUUUUCGGGGAUUCGGGGUGCACCCUGGAGGAGGGAAAUAUUCAGGGUUGAAGCCAGACUAGCAAAGCGGACACGUGUGGCACGAAACGAUGCUGCACUAUGGAAUAAUGUAUUUUUUGGAAUUUUUUACAUAGACCGUAGUAAACUAUAGGCUCGGGGUAGAAAAGGGCACGCGUGACCAGCGCGUACUCGUGCUCAGUAAGCGGAAUAGAAGGGGAGGGGGGAGGGUUUUCAGACCCGCGGGCACCGCAGCUUUUCCACGGCGGCACGGGACGCGAAAAAGCGCGGUUUUCCCUUGCGCAGCGGUACGGAGCAGCUGCGGCCCUGGUGAGAAGCGAGAACGCAGAUAUGGCUAGUUAGUUUUGUGGUGUUAGAUUUUUUCGUUUACGUUUGUUUAGUUCGUUUUCUGUUUCAUCGUUUUUUAAAAGUCAUAUUGUACAGCAAAACAACAAGGCGCGGGUUUAAGCUUAGCGGAGAGGCCUGUGCAGGCAGAAGCAUUCGUUGCAAUACGUUUAGGGAAACAAAAGUUUGCAAUACUGUAGGGACGAACGAGCGCGUUUUUGGGUAGCAGUGGAACGCGCAAAACACACGUGACGGAACAUCCGGCAUCCCGUGGCAAAGUCGCGAAAGGACGGAAACAGGUUCUUUUAGUGUUUUGAGAAAACAUAGAUGAUGAAAAUUUAAAAAUUGCAAAUUAUAACGAAAGUGAACCGGUUACGCCGAUAAUAUUGAACAAAAAAUGAGCUAAUCGAUGUAUGUGAUUGUAUGUGGAAUGUUUCCACCAUACGCGGUUUGUGUACAGCAGCGUUUCGGAAUAGUAUUUAAGAAAAGUCGAAGCACGGUGGUGGUAGUACAUGGACAAGACAAAAAAAGGAGGGGAAAAAAAUGAAACAAAAAAAUGCUGUGUCGAUUCCUGUUCUUGGGGCAUCGAUGUUGGAUUUAGGAAGCUAGGUAUCUGUAAAUGUAUAAUGUCGAAGCAAACACAAAACCAGCAACAUCGAGCAAUCGAUUUCGUUUUUCGGACAUGCUAUGUGCUAUACAGUUUUCUCACUUCAUGCGUGUUCAGUUUACGCGGGGUAAUCACACAGGCGCUAGAGUGGGUUACAUUUUGAUCGUUUUCUUCACAUACUAGCAUCGUUGGAUUGGCCUUUUAUUUCUCGAUUCAAAAUAACAAACAAAACGCAAAUCAAACCAUAACCACAGAACCUUCAUCGCCGUUGUUCAUCCCCUUACCGGUGCGAGGAUAUCGCCAGGUUUGUUUGCGUUCUCUGCAGCUUAGUUGAUCUUCGAAUAAAGCUCGCAGAUGGUAGUACGUAUUAAAUUGCGUUUAUAGUAUGUUUGUAGGUGAGGUGUAUUUGUAUGUUGUGGGAGAUUGUUUUGAAAACGUUGACGACGGCGUGUGUUGACCUGUUACCAUCGUCGCAGAAGCGAAAACUUAUAUGGUAGGAACCGGAUCGUUAUGCUGACCAUUGAGCGAAACAAACAAAUAAAUAAACAAUGAACUAAAUGUGCAAAAUUCACGCCUGCGCUGCAGAAAAGAAAAGAGACCGAAAGUAAGCCGGAACUAAAUGUAGGCAGCUGCUGCGGAUUCAAUGUCGUGUGCAUGCAAACGUGGCAAAUCCUAAGAAUGAGACAGUAGCGUAUACGCGGAUGCUUUUUAAAGGUGCAGUUGUUGAGGCGAGCCGCUGGAUGGCAGCAGCAGAGUCUAGGUAGAUUAAGCACAGGACGACGGUUUACUUUUGAUGCUCCUUUUAUACCAAAACCCAGAAAACACCCAUACCCAGGCAAUCAAAUCGGCCAAAGAGGAAGACGUAUCUUCUUUUCACGUGGCGCCUGGUUGUUGACACUUUCCGUUGUAUUUUAUUUGACCAUCCAUUCUCAACGUCCAUUUCGUAGUGCGUAAGAGCUAGGCUAGGUGUUCUCCUCUCCUAUGUUGAUUUCCUCCGUUCUUACCUGAUGUUAGAUUUUCCGCAAUGGAUCCAUUGGAAAACGUUCGGAACCCCCCCCACCAGCAAACAGGUCACUUUCACUAAAGAAUAAAGCGUAGUCAAAAAUGUGAAAGAACCGGCAACGAGAUUUUAUUUCCAUUCUCAUCGCGUCACGCAAAGGGUACGGCUAAAGCACAAGGUAUGACAAUCUUCGCUUCGUUGUUAACACCGUGAUAGGGUUUGAUUGAGCGGGCUGGAACCGAGAAGUACAGAUCCACCUGCUUGUGCUGCUGUAGAAAAGCAAACUAAGAAAAGCAGAAACUAAAACGCAAAGGUUAGGACGACAAAAAAAAUUAAGGGAAGAAACAGGAAACCAACAGUGGAGCGAAGCAAAAACCGCGAGAUUUAAUAGUAGAACAAUAAGGCCACACAAAGUAUAGCAAAACUAUCGGGAUGGAUUCGAAAAUAAAAAAAAACUGUA